GGCACAGCUGUGAGGUGACCAGCAUAACUGCCGUAACGGGAUAUUGAACAAGGAGCUAGGGACUUUAGCAGAUCCACAGGUUGGAACUAUAUUUCGAUGACACUUGCCCUAACAUGUACCUGGGGAGGUGCAACUUGGGUCACUAGACACGCUGCCGGUAGGCACUAGACACCUAAGUUAAGUUGCUAGGUAGGUACGAUAGUGCCAUAGUGGGGCAGUUUCGCUUUUCCGUCGCGAUUGCGACCGUCAGCUCUUCUUCCUCCCUUUUUUCUUCCCACUUACAACUUACAACAACGAAAUACCCAAUAGCGCAUGAUGCUACCGACGGCGAAUUAUAUUCCUGUUAGUAACCGUAAAAAGGCGACGGAUAUUUCGAAGGGAUGGCACCAUGGAAUUCUUCGGCAAUCAAGUCGACGAAGUGCGAUACUUGACCACUCUGGCCGAGACUCCUGCCUCGGCACCGCCGGUGUCGCCCGACUCGCAGCAACAAAAUAAUAACAAUAAUAAUAGCAGAAGCGAUAGUGUAGCCACCACUUCUGGCUCCAAAAGAAAAGGUAGUACUGACGGGUCGCCAAGUUCCAAAGGCACUGCCCAACAGAGAAGUAAGAGGAAUAGAUAUAUCUCUAUAGCUUGCAACGAAUGCAAACGGCGCAAAAUCAAAUGCAAUGGAGAGACUCCAUGUCAACGAUGCGGUAAUCUUAAUCUACAAUGCCUUUAUGCCCCCAAUUGCUGCACCAAUUCGUUCAAAGAUUCCGAGGAAUUCAAGCAAAUGGCCAGUAUGGUCAAUAAUCUACAAGACCAAGUCGACACUCUUUUCGCGAACAUGAAUGCCUUCAGAUCCGAAGCUUUCCGCUUAGCUCCUAUCCAAGACCGACCGCAUACCUUACCAUCCACUUCGAGUACCCCGUCUUCCUCUUCGAUCCCUUCUAUCACACCUGUACAUAGACCGGCCGAACUAGCCCAGGCGCGACAGCCUGGGUUUCGCGGACCCACGAGUACCAGAUUCAAUUUAGAUGUUGCUAAGAAUACUUUACAUAAGAUGGGCUACAGCAAUCCAUCCGAUGGUGGUGAUCCUGAUGGUAUCGCUCAGGAUAGCCCCGCGCCCUCCCCGAAUCUAACGGCGCAAUUAUCCACAACUCCUAGUGGACUUCCUCGGGAUCCAUUAUGGGACUUCGAUAAAGACGAAUUGAUUCGAUUAUGCCGUGUACAUGACGAAGAGGUCGGAAUAAUGUAUCCCGUCGUUAAAAUAGAGACAGUCAUUCGUCACGCUCGGACGCUGUCUUCAUGGAUGGAGGCAGCUAGAAAGAACUUCAUGGCUGGCAUAUAUGGCGAGGAAGGUGGAAUUAAAGAUCGUAAUACCUUGUUGCUCAAGAUUAUUGUAUGCUGUGCCUUGCAGGUUGAAGAGCACGGAAAUAGCGAGAAAGCCCAAAGGCUUUUCCUGAGCGCCCGAUCGACGACGGAUAGAAUGUUGAUGUCCGAUCCAAGUGAUGUGAAAAACAUGCCUAUAUUAGCUCUUCUGGCUGGUUACUAUUAUCUGGCUAGUGACGAGAUCCUGGCUUGGCGUACCAUGGGUCAAGUAGCCCGCCUUUGCUUCGAAUUGGGGCUUCAUCGACUUGACGUGAUUAACCGAAUCACCGAUGAAGAAGAGCGCAACAAUGCGAUCAAUACAUUUUGGACGGCUUACGUCUUGGACCGUCGGUGGGCUUUUGGUACUGGAUUGCCUUAUGUCGUUCCAGAUGAAGAAAUUGAUCCUCAAUUACCAUAUCCCAAUUCACAUCCUUAUUUAGUUGCCAUGAUUACAUAUUCUAAACUUAGCGCGAGAGUAUGGCGACUCGUACGAAACUUCGAUCCUGAUAUAGUGGAGAUUCGGCCGGGCGACAUCGAAGAACUCGACCGCCUAAUAAAACAAUGGUAUACCCAAGUACCCCGAGAAACUCAACUCGAAUUAGCCGACUGGGAAGCGGUCCCUAGGUAUCUUAAUCCUCCAGUACAUAUGCAGAGAGAAUACGAUAUCCAGCGACUGCAAAUUUGGACGUACCUACGUCUAAAUCAAAUUCGUACCUGGUUGUAUACCCCUAUUCUGCGUACACAUAGCAGCAUAAUGGAAAAUAUGCAAUUUGCUGAGCGCGCAGUCAAGCUCGCGAAAAAUACCAUUUGCUACCUAACGCAUCUCAACAACACAACCAACAUAUAUAGGAAGAUCCAAAUAUUUUACCACCAAUUCCUGUUGUCAUCAAUCACCGUACUUUUCCUCGCCUCCUGCCACGCUCCUGUUAAUUUUAGCGCGUCCUGUCGCAACGAGUUCUACAUGGCCCUCGAGUUAGUGAAGGACCUUUCAUCUAAAUCAUUCGUCUCACAACGGCUUUGGAACACCAUCAAGUCGCUUCGAGAAGUAGCUCCCCGUCUGGGACUAGCCCAAGACCCACAUUCUACUGCCGCACUCACUAUGGCCGGCCUAGCUACAGGUCAGAUGGGAGCGACUCCGUCCAUUGCUUCCGGAUACGGAUCACAUCCGUCUCCCGUUGCGGGGAUAGUGCCCCCCGUUGAUAAUGUCCAAAGCGGACCUCAACUUUCAAGCGAGUUUUCACGAAUAUUCGAAGGCUACAUGGGAACCACUAAUCCUAAUGUCCCUCCAACCCCGGCUGGUGGGCCGCCUGUCAACGACAGUGUCUCAAUACCUCAAGGUGUAGGGGGUAAUGUGUAUCAACAUUUCAAGGACAUGUUUUAGGGUUUGAGCGCAUCGGUUGGGGAGGGAUGAUACCAUUAUUCAUAGCGAAGGGGCGGCAUCUGUUUAUUUAAAGACGUGAUAUCUCUAGGAACGAGGAAUCAUACAACCGAAAUGAGUGUAUUCG